ACGCAACGCCCCUCGUCUACCGGAAGUCGUCGCGCGGCCGGGUUUCCGCCCCGGACUCGCUUCCGGUUUGUCAGGGACCGAUUCGGGCUCCCUCCGCGACGAUGGAGGAGCCGGAGAUGCAGCUGAAAGUGAAGAAAGUGACUGAUAAGUUCACGGAGAGCAUGUAUGUCCUGGCCAACGAGCCUUCUGUUGCAUUGUAUCGGCUCCAGGAACACGUACGGCGGUCCCUACCAGAACUGGCUCAGCACAAGGCCGACAUGCAGAGCUGGGAAGAGCAAAGUCAAGGAGCGAUUUACACGGUGGAGUAUGCCUGCAGUGCCAUCAAGAACAUGAAGGACAGCAGUGUGUAUUUCAAGAGCAUUGAAGGUCUGCUGCGACAUGCCACUGCUGUGAAAGAUCGGCUGAAUUCUGCCCGCAGGUAGCUCUGGGCAGUGCAUGAAGAGCCGCCACUUGCACCCGGUUCAAAUCAGCAUGGUGAGAGGACUCAGAACAGCACCACUCACCUCUCCUUCUUUGCCAAAACAAGAGCAUUAGCAUCUGGCUGUAAUAACUUUUUUUAAAAAUGUAAUUAUUAGGAUUAUUGUCAUUAUUAAUAAUAUUAAAUCUCUGGGAACCAAGA